AGAAACGCCAUAUUUAGCUGCGCAAAACGAAAACACAACAAAGGAUUGAGACAGAAAAGACUGGAUUUUGUCUGUUCUUUGUAUAAAUUGAGUAAAUAUUGGUGGAUUGAUUCAAAGUUUGAAUAAUUUGGAAUGGCUUCUAGUCCAUCUAGUAGCGCAGUAAAAGCUUUACAGUUGGAAUUGAAGAAAAUUCAUGACGAACCCGUCGAAGGAUUUCGAGUAAAAUUGAUCAAUGAUGACGAUUUGUUUGUUUGGGAAGUGGCAAUUUUUGGACCCCCAGGAACUCUAUAUGAAGGCGGAUAUUUUAAGGCACACAUGAAGUUUCCACCAGAUUACCCCUACUGCCCUCCUAGUGUUCGAUUUGUCUCCAAAAUGUGGCAUCCUAACGUUUAUGAUAAUGGUGAUGUUUGUAUAUCGAUUCUACAUCCACCAGUAGAUGACCCCCAGAGUGGGGAACUUCCGUCCGAGAGGUGGAACCCCACCCAAACAGUCAGAACUGUGUUAUUAAGUAUUAUAUCGUUAUUAAAUGAACCGAAUACAUACUCCCCAGCUAACGUAGAUGCUAGCGUCAUGUUCAGGAAGUUUAAAGAAUCUAAAGGCAAGGAUAAAGAAUAUGAAAAUAUUAUCAGGAAACAAGUGAUAGCUACUAAAGAAGAUUCAGAACGUGAUGGAGUUAUAGUUCCUACAACGUUACAGGAAUAUUGUGUCAGCUCUAAACCAUCGAGUCAUGAUAACCAGGUUGAUGCUGAUUUCUAUGACGAUGAUUACGUCGAUGAUUUAGAUGAUGAAGAGGAGAUGUACGAAGAUGAUGAUGAGGAUUCUGGUAAUGAAGAAUCGUGAUGAUUUCCAUGACAGGAAGUGAUGUCGUAGAUGAAUUAUGCUCGCGAAUAAAAUGAAGAAGAAAUUUGAAAGAUCUUGCUAGUGAUAAAGCUUAUUAAAUUCAGGAAUUUUUUGUAAAUGUCUUGAACAUUUUUUUGCCGUUUUCCAAAUGUUUUUGUGAUCGUUUUUUGGGGCAUUUUAAAUGCUUUUUUCCUGCAUGAUUAAUUGUGACAUGUUUUAAAGUAUGAAUUUGGCUUUCACAAUUAUUGCUGUAAUUUGCAAUGUACUGGUUUGGGUUGAUUUAUUUUCAUUAUACAUAUCAUUUUUCACCAAAAAUAUUUUACAGCUUCUAUCAACUUCGUUUGGCUUGAUUUUCUCUCCGAUAGUCUAAGUCUGAUCUACUGGAAGAUGUAUGUAAAUCAUUUUGAUGUGAUUAUUGAAUAAUUUUGGAAACGGCUAAUUUAGGCCAGACUUUACUCUUCCUGCUUAUCAUAAUUCUAAACUGCUGUAAUUUCUAUAAGGUAGAAAUGAUCAUUUAAAAGAUAAUUUGCUAGUUUGUUGAUGGCAGAAUGCAGCCAAACCAAGCCUUAAAGCUAUUCAGGAUUGAAUUUAAAUCAUGUUUAUUUUUUGCAUUCAUCACAAUUUAAGUUUUGCUUGGCAUUUUGACAAAGAUAUUCUUUAAAAUGUUCCUUCAAGAAUAGACAUCUUUUCUGCAGUUAUAUUUGGAAUUGAUGACAAUAUUGUUAUAAAUGUGCUUACAAGCAACAACAAAGCUUAGAUUUAUUCUCAAUUUUCAUUACUUUUGCUUCCUCUCAUUGCGGUCAAUGAAAAAUUAUCGAAUUAUUUUGAGCUAUGCUAGAUUAAAUAUGCGAAAUCAGUUUCAUUUCAUUUUGGAGAAUCCACAAGCGAAUUUUAUUUAUUACCAUAUUACAAUUGAGCUUGUAAACUCAUUUUUGCAUAUUUUGGAGAGUCUACAAGCUUUUUCAAUGCCAUUAAACAAAGAAAGUAUGCAAAAAAAAAUUUUAUUAGAAAGUCUACCACUUAUUAAUUUGUUUUUGGCAUGGAAAAUAGAGUUAUAUAAGAUCAGCCUGACCUUCCGUAGAUAUUAUGUUUGUAAAUAACGGAUUUUCAUUACUAAUAUAUUAUAUAUAUAUAUCAUUGUGUUGGGUGUGUGUCUGUAGUCGUGUGAGAUAUGUGUGAGGUUGUGUAAUGUGUGUCAUAAAUAUAUUCACAAUGUUAAGAUAUUACAAACUACGUCUAAUACAUCAUUGAGUACAUUUAUCGUUGUCUAUGCAGGGAUUUGAUUGGAUUGUACACUAGCAUGCAGGCAAUCAGAAUCUUCAACACAAUGACAACAUUGAUCAACUAGCUGUACGUCUAAUUGAGGUCUCUGAUUCUUAUUAGCUGUAUUUGCCUACAUACAAUCCAAUGAAACCGCUGCAUCUUCUUUGAUACAAGAAAAGUGCUGAAUGAUGUUAAGGUAUUGGUUUGAGUUUGUAAUACCUUGACAUUGUGAAGAUGUGUGUGUUGUAAUGUAUGUGGUUAAGUGUGAAAUGUAAGCGUGACUGUUGUAUGAUUAAAUGUGGAUUAUAAUGACGAGUGUUUGAAUGAAAACUUUGUCAAAAAAAAAUAUAUAUAUGAAAGAUUUCAUUAAAAUUUUCAAAAAAAUAUUUAAUUUUAAUAUCUUAUAUGAAAUAAUGAUUUAUUUUCUAAAGAGAAUGGUAAAUUAAUUGUAUUUAGAUUUCUUGAAAUUAGAAAUUAUUGAGGCUUGUAUCUGCAGUAUGAUGUUAAAAACAUCAUCUUUACGUUGAAGUUUUUUUUUUUAAAUUUAAAGCCACAUUACAUUAGAUUACCUUGUUUUUCCUAAAAGAAAAUCUGUGCUAUUCUGAAACUAGAUUGCGAUCUUGGUAAUUUCAGAGUCUUACAGUUAUCAAUGUAUCUUAGGUCAUUUUGGCAUUAUAGAUCUGAAAGCAAUUAGGUUCAAGUAAUAAGUAAGUAAGAAGUGAUUGUAUUUGAAAGAGUUUCUAUAGUUAUGUAUAUUUUAAUGAGAAAAAAAACAGAUGAUAACUUGUGAGAAAAUGAACAAAAAAAAGUUAAAAAUCAGGAAAAGUUAUAUUUUAUUGAUUCUUAGUUCUCAUAUUUUGUUUUUAUGUAAUUUGUGUUUAAUUUAAUUUAAUCAUGUUAGUUAAUUUCUUCUUAACAAUGUUACACUUAGUGUUCAAAUUUACUUUGAAACACCUGAUGGUACUUGUCUUUGGAGAAGUCCAAUACUAUACGAUUUUUACUCCCAAUUUUGCCAUUCAUUGGAUGAGAUUUUUGAUUAACGGAAUUGUCUUGCUUUUAAUUAAUACACAUUUGAUCUUGGUACUUACUUUUAAAAAUGAUAAAUUGGUUAAGACUCAAUCUGUUGACUAUAUUUGGUUGGAUUAAUCAAGUAUCUAGUUAAAAGAGUGUUUAAUGUAAUAUUUGAGGGGGUGGGGGUUUAUAAAGAAUGUAUAAGUGUAUUAUUAUGGUUGAGAAUAUAGUAUGUCUACCGUAUUAAGUGAAAUAUAUCUCCAAUGUAAAUAGUAAAUACUGUCAAUAAAUUAUUAAGUUUAUU